CGGAGGGAGCCGCAGUAGUACGACGGAAGAUGGCGACGAGCGGCGGUGAAGAGGCGACGGCAGCGGCGCCGGCAGCGGCGCCUGCGUCCCCGGUGACCGGGGCAGACACAGCUCCGGGCUGGGAGGUGGCGGUACGGCCCCUGCUGUCCGCGUCCUACUCGGCCUUCGAGAUGAAGGAGUUGCCGCAGCUGGUGGCCUCAGUCAUCGAGAGUGAAUCAGAAAUCCUGCACCAUGAGAAGCAGUAUGAGCCAUUCUACUCAUCCUUUGUCGCCCUCUCCACUCACUACAUUACCACAGUUUGCAGCCUCAUUCCACGGAACCAACUUCAGUCGGUGGCAGCAGCCUGUAAAGUUCUAAUUGAGUUUUCUCUUCUGCGUCUGGAGAAUCCAGAUGAAGCGUGUGCUGUGUCCCAGAAACACUUGAUUCUCCUAAUCAAAGGCCUCUGCACUGGUUGUAGCCGACUAGACAGAACUGAAAUUAUCACCUUCACAGCCAUGAUGAAAUCGGCCAAACUGCCACAGACAGUGAAGACCCUUUCCGAUGUGGAAGAUCAGAAAGAGCUGGCCUCACUGGUGAACCCUGAGCUGAGGCAGAAGGAGGUGCAGAUGAAUUUUUUGAACCAGCUGACCUCAGUUUUCAACCCUAGAACUGUGGCAUCACCACCCAUUAGUCCACAGGCUCUGGUGGAAGGGGAAAAUGAUGAGCAGUCAUCCACAGAUCAAGCCUCUGCUAUCAAGACCAAGAACGUGUUUAUAGCUCAGAAUGUGGCCAGUCUUCAAGAGCUUGGUGGUUCAGAGAAGUUACUGCGUGUGUGUUUGAAUCUGCCAUAUUUCCUACGCUACAUCAAUCGGUUCCAAGAUGCAGUGUUAGCCAAUUCCUUCUUUAUCAUGCCUGCAACAGUGGCAGAUGCCACUGCUGUCCGUAAUGGUUUUCAUUCACUGGUGAUUGAUGUAACUAUGGCAUUGGAUACCCUUUCUCUACCUGUGUUGGAACCUCUCAAUCCUUCUCGUUUACAAGAUGUAACAGUCCUCAGCCUAAGCUGUCUGUAUGCAGGUGUGAGUGUGGCAACAUGUAUGGCCAUUCUUCAUGUGGGCAGUGCUCAGCAAGUGCGUACAGGAUCCACAAGCUCCAAAGAAGAAGACUAUGAAAGUGAUGCAGCUACAAUUGUCCAGAAAUGUCUUGAAAUCUAUGACAUGAUUGGACAAGCCAUCAGCAGUUCCCGCAGGGCAGGUGGCGAGCACUACCAGAACUUUCAGUUGUUGGGUGCCUGGUGUUUGCUGAACAGCCUUUUCCUCAUACUGAACCUCAGUCCUACUGCCUUGGCUGAUAAGGGGAAAGAGAAAGACCCACUAGCUGCUCUCCGAGUGAGAGACAUUCUUUCUCGUACAAAAGAGGGAGUGGGCUCUCCCAAGCUGGGGCCUGGCAAAGGGCAUCAGGGCUUUGGGGUGCUCUCAGUCAUAUUAGCAAACCAUGCCAUCAAGCUAUUGACAUCUUUGUUUCAAGACCUGCAGGUGGAGGCUCUACACAAGGGUUGGGAGUCUGAUGGUCCCCCUGCGGUCCUAAGCAUUAUGGCCCAGAGCACCUCCAUACAGAGGAUUCAACGGCUGAUCGACUCUGUCCCACUGAUGAACUUACUACUGACAUUACUCUCAACUUCAUACAGAAAGGCAUGUGUCCUACAGCGGCAGAGGAAGGGCUCCAUGAGCAGUGAUGCCAGUGCCUCCACCGACUCUAACACCUACUAUGAGGACGAUUUCAGCAGUACCGAGGAGGACAGCAGUCAAGAUGAUGACAGUGAGCCUAUUUUGGGGCAGUGGUUCGAGGAGACCAUCUCUCCCAGUAAAGAGAAAGUGGCGCCUCCACCUCCACCCCCGCCCCCUCCGCUGGAGAGCUCUCCUCGGGUUAAAAGCCCCAGUAAGCAGGCCCCUGGUGACAAGGGCAACAUUUUGGCUAGUCGAAAAGAUCCUGAGUUGUUUCUAGGUCUGGCUUCCAACAUUUUGAACUUCAUUACCUCUUCCAUGCUAAACUCUCGGAACAAUUUCAUCCGAAACUAUCUGAGCGUGUCUCUUUCCGAACACCAUAUGGCCACCCUGGCCAGUAUCAUCAAGGAGGUGGACAAAGAUGGACUCAAGGGUUCAUCAGAUGAAGAGUUUGCUGCUGCUCUCUAUCACUUCAACCACUCUCUGGUGACCUCUGACCUCCAGUCCCCAAAUCUCCAGAACACACUGCUGCAGCAGCUGGGAGUUGCUCCCUUUUCUGAGGGCCCUUGGCCCCUUUACAUUCACCCGCAAGGCCUCUCUGUGCUUUCACGCCUCCUGCUCAUCUGGCAGCAUAAAGCUGGCACGCAAGGUGACCCUGAUGUCCCUGAAUGCCUUAAAGUUUGGGACAGGUUUUUGUCUACAAUGAAGCAGAAUGCCCUACAAGGGGUAGUGCCCAGUGAGACAGAAGAUCUGAAUGUAGAACACCUGCAGCUGCUACUCCUCAUUUUCCACAACUUUUCUGAGAAAGGCCGGCAGGCCAUUUUGACCCUCUUUGUCCAGAAUAUCCAGGAGCUGAGCGUCAACAUGGAAGCACAGAUGCGCUCUGUGCCUCUCAUCCUGGCACGCCUCCUUUUGAUCUUUGACUAUCUGCUUCAUCAGUACUCCAAAGCACCCGUUUAUCUGUUUGAGCAGGUGCAGCAUAACCUCCUCAGUCCUCCUUUUGGAUGGGCAAAUGGAUCCCAGGACAGUAACAGCCGCAGACCAGCUACCCCUCUGUAUCAUGGAUUCAAGGAAGUAGAAGAAAACUGGUCUAAGCAUUUCUCAUCAGAUGCUGUCCCUCAACCCAGAUUCUACUGUGUCCUGUCCCCAGAAGCCUCAGAGGAUGAUUUGAACCGUCUUGAUUCUGUGGCAUGUGACGUUCUUUUCUCCAAGCUUGUUAAGUAUGAUGAGCUUUAUACUGCCCUAACAGCCUUGCUUGCAGCUGGGUCCCAGCUUGAUACUGUAAGGAGGAAGGAAAAUAAGAAUGUGACAGCUCUGGAGGCCUGUGCUCUUCAGUACUAUUUCUUGAUACUGUGGAGGAUCCUAGGAAUUUUGCCACCUUCAAAGACUUACAUGAACCAGCUGGCCAUGAACUCACCUGAGAUGAGUGAAUGUGACAUCUUACACACACUACGCUGGUCAUCCCGCCUCCGUAUCAGCUCCUAUGUCAAUUGGAUAAAGGAUCACCUCAUCAAACAGGGAAUGAAGGCUGAAAAUGCUGGCUCUCUCAUAGAACUGGCGUCUACCAAGUGUAGCUCAGUGAAAUAUGAUGUUGAAAUUGUUGAGGAAUACUUCGCUCGACAGAUCUCGUCAUUCUGUAGCAUCGACUGUACCACCAUCUUGCAGCUCCAUGAACUUCCUAGUCUGCAGUCCAUCUACACCCUCGAUGCUGCUAUCUCCAAGGUCCAGGUCUCUUUGGAUGAACACUUUUCAAAGAUGGCUGCAGAGACGGAUCCACAUAAGUCAUCUGAGAUCACAAAGAAUCUCCUUCCAGCCACACUCCAACUCAUUGACACCUAUGCAUCAUUCACUAGAGCCUAUUUGUUACAGAACUUCAAUGAGGAGGGAGCCACUGAAAAACCUUCCAAAGAGAAACUGCAGGGCUUUGCUGCUGUCUUAGCUAUUGGCUCCAGUAGGUGCAAGGCAAAUACUCUGGGUCCAACCCUGGUUCAGAAUUUGCCAUCAUCAGUGCAAGCUGUAUGUGAGUCCUGGAAUACUAUCAAUACUAAUGAGUUUCCCAACAUUGGAUCCUGGCGCAAUGCUUUUGCCAAUGAUACCAUUCCUUCUGAGAGUUACAUCAGUGCUGUGCAAGCUGCUCACUUGGGAACUCUUUGUGGCCAGAGUCUGCCUCUGGCUGCUUCCUUGAAGCAUACUCUUCUCUCGCUGGUUAGGCUGACUGGAGACCUGAUUGUGUGGGCAGAUGAGAUGAACCCACCACAGGUCAUUCGGACCCUGCUACCCCUUCUUUUGGAGUCCAGCACUGAGAGUGUUGCUGAGAUCAGUAGCAACUCCCUGGAACGCAUCCUAGGCCCUGCAGAAUCUGAUGAGUUCCUGGCUCGUGUUUAUGAGAAGCUGAUCACUGGUUGCUACAACAUUCUGGCCAAUCAUGCAGACCCCAACAGUGGACUGGAUGAGUCUAUCUUGGAGGAAUGUCUUCAAUAUUUGGAAAAGCAAUUAGAAAGUAGCCAGGCCCGUAAAGCCAUGGAAGAAUUCUUCUCAGACAGUGGCGAACUUGUGCAGAUCAUGAUGGCCACAGCCAAUGAGAACCUUUCUGCUAAAUUCUGUAACCGAGUCUUGAAAUUCUUCACCAAACUCUUCCAGCUGACUGAGAAGAGCCCUAACCCGAGCCUUCUGCAUCUCUGUGGCUCAUUGGCACAACUGGCUUGUGUGGAGCCUGUGCGUUUGCAGGCCUGGCUCACCCGGAUGACUACAUCACCCCCAAAAGAUUCUGAUCAGCUGGAUAUAAUUCAGGAGAACCGGCAGCUGUUGCAGUUACUGACCACGUACAUUGUUCGGGAAAACAGCCAAGUUGGAGAAGGCGUGUGUGCUGUCCUUCUGGGCACCCUGACUCCCAUGGCAACAGAGAUGCUGGCCAAUGGUGAUGGGACUGGCUUUCCUGAACUCAUGGUUGUGAUGGCCACCCUGGCCAGUGCUGGUCAAGGUGCUGGUCACCUUCAGCUUCAUAAUGCUGCUGUGGACUGGUUGGGCAGAUGCAAGAAAUACCUGUCACAGAAGAAUGUGGUUGAGAAACUGAAUGCCAAUGUAAUGCAUGGAAAGCACGUGAUAAUCUUGGAGUGCACAUGCCAUAUUAUGUCUUACUUGGCUGAUGUCACAAAUGCCCUAAGCCAGAGUAAUGGUCAAGGCCCAAGUCACCUGUCAGUGGACGGGGAAGAGCGAGCCAUUGAGGUAGACUCAGACUGGGUGGAGGAGUUGGCAGUGGAAGAGGAAGAUUCACAGGCUGAGGACUCAGAUGAAGAUUCUCUUUGCAAUAAACUCUGCACUUUUACCAUCACACAGAAAGAAUUCAUGAACCAGCAUUGGUACCACUGUCAUACCUGCAAAAUGGUGGAUGGAGUAGGUGUGUGCACAGUGUGUGCUAAGGUGUGCCACAAGGACCAUGAGAUUUCUUAUGCCAAGUAUGGAUCCUUCUUCUGUGACUGUGGAGCCAAGGAAGAUGGAAGCUGUUUGGCACUGGUAAAAAGAACUCCAAGCAGUGGCAUGAGCUCCACCAUGAAGGAGUCUGCAUUUCAGAGUGAACCAAGGGUUUCAGAGAGUUUGGUUCGCCAUGCUAGCACUUCACCAGCCGACAAGGCCAAGGUCACCAUUAGUGAUGGAAAGGUCACUGAUGAAGAGAAGCCCAAGAAGAGUAGCCUGUGCCGCACAGUAGAAGGUUGCCGAGAAGAGCUACAGAACCAGGCCAAUUUCUCCUUCGCUCCUCUCGUGUUAGACAUGCUCAAUUUCCUCAUGGAUGCCAUUCAGACCAACUUUCAACAGGCUUCGGCUGUGGGGAGCAGCAGCCGGGCACAGCAGGCCCUUGGUGAACUGCAUACAGUGGACAAGGUGGUUGAGAUGACAGACCAGCUGAUGGUUCCCACCUUAGGCUCCCAGGAAGGUGCCUUUGAGAAUGUACGGAUGAAUUACAGCGGAGACCAGGGCCAGACUAUACGGCAGCUAAUCAGCGCCCACGUGCUCAGGCGGGUGGCCAUGUGUGUUCUGUCUUCUCCACAUGGGCGCCGCCAGCACUUGGCUGUCAGCCAUGAGAAGGGCAAGAUCACAGUUCUGCAGCUCUCUGCACUUUUGAAGCAAGCAGACUCCAGCAAAAGGAAGUUGACUCUGACCCGCUUGGCUUCUGCCCCUGUGCCCUUUACUGUGCUGAGCCUUACUGGAAAUCCCUGCAAGGAAGAUUACCUGGCAGUGUGUGGCUUGAAGGACUGCCAUGUGCUCACCUUUAGUAGCUCGGGUUCAGUUUCGGAUCACUUGGUGUUGCACCCUCAGUUGGCAACAGGGAACUUCAUCAUCAAAGCCGUGUGGCUACCUGGUUCACAGACUGAGUUAGCAAUUGUUACAGCAGACUUUGUGAAGAUUUAUGACCUAUCUGUGGAUGCUUUGAGUCCAACCUUCUACUUCCUCCUGCCAAGUUCGAAGAUAAGAGAUGUUACCUUCCUUUUCAAUGAGGAGGGGAAGAACAUCAUUGUGAUAAUGUCUUCAGCUGGGUACAUCUAUACUCAGCUCAUGGAGGAGGCCAGCAGUGCCCAGCAAGGACCCUUCUAUGUCACAAACGUACUGGAAAUCAAUCAUGAAGAUCUGAAGGAUAGUAACAGCCAGCUGGCAGGUGGUGGUGUAUCUGUGUACUACUCCCACGUGUUACAGAUGCUGUUCUUCAGUUAUUGUCAGGGAAAGUCCUUUGCAGCCACCAUCAGCAGAACAAGCAUGGAGGUGGUGCAGCUCUUCCCUAUCAACAUUAAAAGUUCCAAUGGUGGCAGUAAGACUUCUCCUGCUCUCUGCCAGUGGUCUGAGGUGAUGAACCAUCCUGGCUUGGUGUGUUGUGUGCAGCAAACAACAGGUGUGCCUCUGGUUGUUAUGGUGAAACCAGACACUUUUCUAAUCCAGGAGAUUAAGACUCUUCCUGCGAAAGCAAAGAUCCAAGACAUGGUUGCUAUUAGACAUACAGCCUGCAAUGAGCAACAGCGGACAACCAUGAUCUUGCUGUGUGAGGAUGGCAGCUUGCGCAUUUACAUGGCCAAUGUGGAGAACACUUCUUACUGGCUCCAGCCGUCCUUGCAGCCCAGCAGUGUAAUCAGCAUCAUGAAGCCUGUUCGAAAGCGCAAAACAGCUACAAUUACAACCCGCACAUCUAGCCAGGUGACCUUCCCCAUUGACUUCUUUGAACACAACCAGCAGCUGACAGAUGUGGAGUUCGGUGGUAAUGAUCUCCUGCAAGUCUACAAUGCACAACAGAUAAAGCACCGGCUGAACUCUACUGGCAUGUAUGUGGCUAACACCAAGCCUGGUGGCUUCACCAUUGAGAUCAGUAACAACAACAGCACUAUGGUGAUGACAGGCAUGCGGAUCCAGAUCGGGACCCAGGCAAUUGAACGGGCCCCAUCAUAUAUCGAGAUUUUUGGCAGAACCAUGCAGCUUAAUCUGAGUCGAUCACGCUGGUUUGACUUCCCCUUUACCAGAGAAGAAGCCCUGCAAGCUGAUAAGAAGCUGAACCUCUUUAUUGGUGCCUCAGUGGAUCCAGCAGGUGUCACCAUGAUAGAUGCUGUAAAAAUUUAUGGCAAGACUAAGGAGCAAUUUGGCUGGCCUGAUGAGCCCCCUGAAGAAUUCCCUUCUGCCUCUGUCAGCAACAUCUGCCCUUCCAACCUCAACCAGAGUAAUGGCACUGUAGACAGCGACUCAGCUACACCUACUACAACUAGUGGCACUGUCUUGGAGAGGCUGGUUGUGAGUUCUUUAGAAGCCCUGGAAAGCUGCUUUGCCGUUGGUCCAAUCAUCGAGAAGGAGAGGAACAAGAAUGCAGCACAGGAGCUGGCCACUUUGCUGCUGUCCCUGCCAGCACCUGCUAGUGUACAGCAGCAGUCCAAGAGUCUUUUAGCCAGCCUGCAUACUAGUCGCUCAGCCUAUCACAGCCACAAGGAUCAGGCCUUGCUGAGCAAAGCUGUGCAGUGUCUCAACACAUCCAGCAAAGAAGGCAAGGACUUGGACCCUGAAGUCUUCCAGAGGCUGGUCAUCACAGCUCGAUCCAUUGCCAUCAUGCGUCCUAACAACCUUGUCCAUUUUACGGAGUCAAAGCUGCCCCAGAUGGAAACAGAAGGAGUGGAUGAGGGGAAGGAACCACAGAAGCAGGCAGAAGGAGAAUGCUGUAGUUUCAUCACGCAGCUUGUGAACCACUUCUGGAAACUCCAUGCAUCCAAACCCAAGAAUGCCUUCCUGGCCCCUGCCUGCCUGCCAGGUCUCACUCAUAUUGAAGCUACUGUUAAUGCAUUGGUAGAUAUUAUCCAUGGCUACUGUACUUGUGAGCUGGACUGUAUCAAUACAGCAUCCAAGAUCUACAUGCAGAUGCUGUUGUGUCCUGAUCCGGCUGUGAGCUUCUCUUGCAAACAAGCUCUAAUUCGAGUCCUAAGGCCCAGAAACAAACGGAGACAUGUAACAUUGCCCUCCUCCCCUCGAAGUAACACUCCAAUGGGAGACAAGGAUGAUGACGAUGACGAUGAUGCAGAUGAGAAAAUGCAGUCCUCAGGGAUCACCGAUGGUGGUCACAUCCGCCAGGAAAGCCAGGAACAGAGUGAGGUGGACCAUGGCGAUUUUGAAAUGGUGUCUGAGUCAAUGGUCCUGGAGACAGCUGAAAAUGUCAACAAUGGCAACCCCUCUCCCCUGGAGGCUCUGCUGGCAGGUGCAGAGGGCUUCCCACCCAUGCUGGACAUCCCACCUGAUGCAGAUGAUGAGACCAUGGUUGAACUAGCCAUUGCCCUGAGCCUGCAGCAGGACCAACAAGGCAGCAGCAGCAGUGCCCUGGGCCUGCAGAGCCUGGGACUGUCCGGCCAGGCACCCAGCUCUUCCUCUCUGGACGCAGGAACCCUCUCUGACACCACAGCAUCAGCUCCAGCUUCUGAUGACGAGGGCAGCACGGCAGCAACAGAUGGCUCCACCCUGCGGACCUCUCCUGCCGACCAUGGUGGCAGUGUGGGCUCGGAGAGCGGGGGCAGUGCAGUGGACUCAGUGGCUGGCGAGCACAGUGUGUCUGGCCGGAGCAGUGCCUAUGGGGAUGCCACAGCGGAAGGGCAUCCUGCUGGACCAGGAAGUGUCAGCUCAAGCACUGGUGCUAUUAGUACUGCCACUGGGCACCAGGAGGGAGACGGCUCCGAGGGAGAAGGAGAAGGGGAAGCUGAAGGAGAUGUCCAUACCAGCAACAGGCUGCACAUGGUGCGCCUGAUGCUGUUGGAGAGGUUACUGCAGACCUUGCCCCAGUUACGAAAUGUUGGAGGUGUCCGGGCCAUCCCAUACAUGCAGGUCAUUCUAAUGCUUACUACAGAUUUGGAUGGAGAAGAUGAGAAAGACAAGGGAGCUUUGGACAACCUUCUCUCCCAGCUGAUUGCUGAACUGGGUAUGGAUAAAAAGGAUGUGUCCAAGAAGAAUGAGCGCAGUGCUUUGAAUGAAGUCCAUUUGGUAGUGAUGAGGCUUCUUAGUGUCUUCAUGUCCCGCACGAAGUCUGGAUCCAAGUCUUCCAUAUGUGAGUCAUCUUCCCUCAUCUCUAGUGCCACAGCUGCAGCCCUGCUGAGCUCAGGGGCUGUGGACUAUUGCCUGCAUGUGCUCAAGUCACUGCUGGAAUAUUGGAAGAACCAACAGAAUGAUGAAGAACCCGUGGCCACUAGCCAGUUGCUGAAACCCCAUACAACUUCAUCCCCUCCUGAUAUGAGCCCAUUCUUUCUCCGGCAGUAUGUGAAGGGUCAUGCUGCUGAUGUGUUUGAGGCCUAUACUCAGCUGCUCACAGAGAUGGUCCUGCGGUUGCCAUACCAAAUCAAAAAGAUCGCUGACACCAGUUCUCGAAUCCCACCUCCUGUCUUUGAUCACUCAUGGUUCUAUUUUCUCUCAGAGUACUUGAUGAUCCAGCAGACUCCAUUUGUACGCCGCCAAGUCCGAAAACUUCUGCUCUUCAUCUGUGGAUCAAAGGAGAAGUACCGACAACUCCGGGAUUUGCACACCUUGGACUCUCAUGUGCGUGGGAUCAAGAAGCUGCUAGAGGAACAGGGAAUAUUUCUCCGGGCCAGUGUGGUUACAGCCAGUUCAGGCUCUGCCUUGCAGUAUGACACACUCAUCAGCCUGAUGGAACACCUGAAAGCCUGUGCAGAGAUUGCUGCCCAGCGAACCAUCAACUGGCAGAAAUUCUGCAUCAAAGAUGACUCUGUCCUGUACUUCCUCCUGCAAGUGAGUUUCCUGGUGGAUGAGGGUGUGUCCCCAGUGCUGCUGCAGCUGCUCUCCUGUGCUCUGUGUGGCAGCAAAGUGCUCGCGGCCCUGGCAGCCUCCACAGGUUCCUCCAGUUCCGCUUCCUCCUCUGCUCCUGUGGCUUCCAGCUCUGGACAAGGCGCAACACAGUCCAAAUCUUCCACGAAAAAGAGCAAAAAAGAAGAAAAGGAAAAAGAAAAAGAUAGUGAGAGUUCAGGUAGCCAGGAGGACCAGCUGUGCACAGCUCUGGUGAACCAGCUGAACAAAUUUGCUGAUAAGGAAACCCUCAUCCAGUUUCUGCGUUGUUUCCUGUUGGAGUCCAAUUCUUCUUCUGUGCGCUGGCAGGCCCACUGCCUGACGCUGCACAUCUACAGAAACUCCAGCAAAUCUCAACAGGAGCUCUUGCUAGAUCUCAUGUGGUCCAUUUGGCCAGAACUCCCAGCUUAUGGUCGUAAGGCUGCCCAGUUUGUGGAUCUACUGGGAUAUUUCUCCUUGAAAACAAUACAGACAGAGAAGAAGUUGAAGGAGUAUUCACAGAAGGCUGUUGAGAUACUUCGGACUCAAAACCAUAUUCUCACCAACCAUCCCAACUCCAACAUUUACAGCACCUUGUCCGGCUUAGUGGAGUUCGAUGGCUAUUAUCUGGAGAGUGAUCCCUGUCUGGUGUGUAACAAUCCAGAAGUGCCAUUUUGUUAUAUCAAGCUGUCUUCCAUUAAAGUGGAUACACGAUACACCACCACCCAGCAGGUUGUGAAGCUGAUUGGCAGUCACACCAUCAGCAAAGUGACAGUGAAGAUUGGGGACCUAAAGCGGACCAAGAUGGUGCGGACUAUCAAUCUGUAUUAUAACAACCGAACUGUGCAGGCCAUCGUGGAGUUGAAAAACAAACCAGCCCGCUGGCACAAAGCAAAGAAAGUUCAGCUGACCCCCGGUCAGACAGAAGUGAAGAUUGACCUGCCGUUGCCCAUUGUGGCCUCCAACCUGAUGAUUGAGUUUGCAGACUUCUAUGAAAACUACCAGGCAUCCACAGAGACCCUGCAGUGCCCACGCUGUAGUGCCUCUGUUCCUGCUAAUCCAGGGGUGUGUGGCAACUGUGGAGAGAAUGUGUACCAGUGUCACAAAUGCAGAUCCAUCAACUAUGAUGAAAAGGAUCCUUUCCUCUGCAAUGCUUGUGGCUUCUGUAAAUAUGCUCGCUUUGACUUCAUGCUCUACGCCAAGCCUUGCUGUGCAGUGGAUCCCAUUGAAAAUGAGGAAGACCGGAAGAAGGCUGUUUCCAACAUAAACACACUUCUGGACAAAGCUGACCGAGUAUAUCAUCAAUUGAUGGGACAUAGGCCACAGCUGGAGAACCUGCUAUGCAAAGUGAAUGAGGCCGCUCCAGAAAAGCCACAGGAAGACUCUGGAACGGCAGGGGGCAUCAGUUCCACAUCAGCCAGUGUAAAUCGCUAUAUCCUGCAGUUGGCUCAGGAGUACUGUGGUGACUGCAAGAACUCAUUUGAUGAACUCUCCAAAAUCAUCCAGAAAGUCUUUGCUUCACGCAAGGAGUUGUUGGAAUAUGACCUGCAGCAAAGGGAAGCAGCCACCAAAUCAUCCCGGACUUCUGUGCAGCCCACAUUCACUGCCAGCCAGUACCGCGCUUUAUCCGUCCUGGGCUGUGGCCACACAUCUUCCACCAAGUGCUAUGGCUGUGCUUCUGCCGUCACCGAGCAUUGUAUCACACUCCUCAGGGCCCUGGCCACCAAUCCAGCUCUGCGACAUAUCCUUGUCUCCCAGGGCCUUAUCCGGGAACUCUUCGAUUAUAAUCUUCGCCGAGGAGCUGCAGCCAUGCGGGAGGAGGUCCGCCAGCUCAUGUGCCUCCUAACUCGAGAUAAUCCAGAAGCCACCCAGCAGAUGAAUGACCUGAUCAUUGGCAAAGUCUCUACAGCUCUGAAAGGCCAUCGGGCCAACCCUGACUUGGCAAGUAGUCUGCAGUAUGAGAUGCUGCUGCUGACAGAUUCCAUCUCGAAGGAGGAUAGCUGCUGGGAGCUCCGUUUACGCUGUGCGCUGAGCCUUUUCCUCAUGGCUGUGAAUAUUAAGACUCCUGUGGUAGUCGAGAACAUCACCCUCAUGUGCCUGAGGAUCUUGCAGAAGCUUAUUAAGCCACCUGCCCCAACCAGCAAGAAGAACAAGGAUGUCCCUGUCGAGGCCCUCACCACUGUGAAGCCAUACUGCAAUGAGAUCCAUGCCCAGGCUCAGCUGUGGCUCAAGAGAGAUCCCAAGGCAUCCUAUGAAGCCUGGAAGAAGUGUCUUCCUAUUAGAGGGAUAGAAGGCAAUGGGAAGUCUCCCAGCAAGUCAGAGCUUCACCAUCUCUAUUUGACUGAGAAGUACGUAUGGAGGUGGAAACAGUUCCUGAGCCGGCGAGGGAAGAGAACCACUCCUCUGGAUCUCAAACUGGGGCAUAACAACUGGUUGCGACAAGUGCUUUUUACUCCUGCAACACAGGCUGCCCGGCAAGCAGCUUGUACCAUUGUGGAGGCUUUGGCCACCAUCCCCAGCCGCAAGCAGCAGGUCCUUGACCUCCUCACCAGCUAUCUGGACGAGCUGAGCAUAGCUGGGGAAUGUGCUGCUGAGUACCUGGCUCUCUACCAGAAGCUUAUCGCCUCAGCACACUGGAAGGUCUACCUGGCAGCUCGGGGAGUUCUGCCCUACGUAGGCAACCUCAUCACCAAGGAAAUAGCCCGCUUGCUUGCCCUGGAGGAGGCCACCCUGAGCACUGACCUGCAGCAGGGAUAUGCCCUCAAGAGUCUCACAGGCCUUCUGUCUUCCUUCGUGGAGGUGGAAUCCAUCAAAAGGCACUUUAAAAGUCGCUUGGUGGGAACCGUGCUGAAUGGGUACCUGUGCUUGCGGAAGCUGGUGGUGCAGAGGACCAAGCUGAUAGAUGAAACCCAGGACAUGCUGCUGGAGAUGCUGGAAGACAUGACCACAGGUACAGAAUCAGAAACCAAAGCCUUCAUGGCUGUAUGCAUUGAGACAGCCAAGCGCUACAAUCUGGACGACUACCGAACACCAGUCUUCAUCUUUGAGAGGCUGUGCAGCAUCAUUUAUCCUGAGGAGAAUGAAGUCACUGAAUUCUUUGUGACCCUGGAGAAGGACCCCCAACAAGAAGAUUUCUUACAGGGCAGGAUGCCUGGGAAUCCAUAUAGCAGCAAUGAGCCGGGCAUUGGGCCACUUAUGAGAGAUAUAAAGAACAAGAUUUGCCAGGACUGUGACCUGGUGGCUCUCCUGGAGGACGACAGUGGGAUGGAGCUUCUAGUGAACAAUAAAAUUAUUAGUUUGGACCUACCUGUGGCUGAAGUUUACAAGAAGGUCUGGUGUACCACGAAUGAGGGAGAGCCCAUGAGAAUUGUUUAUCGAAUGCGGGGCCUGCUGGGUGACGCCACUGAGGAGUUCAUCGAGUCUCUGGACUCUACCACAGAUGAAGAAGAAGAUGAAGAAGAAGUGUACAAGAUGGCUGGUGUGAUGGCCCAGUGUGGGGGCCUGGAGUGCAUGCUUAACAGAUUGGCAGGGAUCAAAGACUUCAAGCAGGGGCGCCACCUUCUAACAGUGCUGCUGAAGUUGUUCAGUUUCUGUGUGAAGGUGAAAGUCAACCGGCAGCAGUUGGUCAAGCUGGAGAUGAACACUUUGAAUGUCAUGCUAGGGACGCUAAACUUGGCUCUGGUAGCAGAGCAGGAGAGCAAGGACAGUGGGGGUGCUGCUGUGGCUGAGCAGGUGCUCAGCAUCAUGGAAAUCAUUCUAGAUGAGUCCAAUGCGGAGCCCCUGAGUGAGGACAAGGGCAACCUCCUCCUCACGGGUGACAAGGACCAACUCGUGAUGCUCUUGGACCAGAUCAACAGCACCUUCGUCCGCUCUAACCCUAGCGUGCUUCAGGGCCUGCUGCGCAUCAUCCCGUACCUCUCCUUUGGAGAGGUGGAAAAGAUGCAGAUCUUGGUGGAGCGGUUCAAACCAUACUGCAACUUUGAUAAGUAUGACGAAGACUACAGUGGUGAUGACAAAGUCUUCCUGGACUGCUUCUGCAAGAUUGCAGCCGGCAUUAAGAACAACAGCAAUGGGCAUCAGCUGAAGGACCUCAUCCUCCAGAAGGGAAUCACUCAGAAUGCCCUGGAUUACAUGAAAAAGCACAUUCCUAGUGCUAAGAAUUUGGAUGCUGACAUCUGGAAAAAGUUUUUAUCUCGCCCAGCCCUGCCAUUUAUCUUGAGGCUUCUUCGGGGGCUAGCCAUCCAACACCCAGCUACCCAGGUUCUGAUUGGAACUGACUCCAUCACAAAUCUGCAUAAACUGGAGCAGGUGUCCAGUGACGAGGGCAUUGGGACCUUGGCAGAGAACCUACUAGAGGCACUGCGGGAACACCCGGAUGUGAACAAGAAAAUUGAUGCAGCCCGCAGAGAGACCCGAGCAGAGAAAAAGCGCAUGGCCAUGGCUAUGAGACAGAAGGCACUGGGGACCCUAGGCAUGACGACCAAUGAAAAGGGCCAGGUAGUGACCAAGACAGCGCUCCUGAAGCAGAUGGAGGAGCUGAUCGAGGAGCCAGGCCUCACAUGCUGCAUCUGCAGAGAAGGCUACAAGUUUCAGCCCACCAAGGUCCUGGGCAUUUAUACCUUUACUAAACGGGUGGCCUUGGAGGAGAUGGAGAAUAAGCCUCGGAAACAGCAGGGCUACAGCACCGUGUCCCACUUCAACAUUGUGCACUACGACUGUCAUUUAGCUGCUGUCAGGUUGGCUCGAGGCCGGGAAGAGUGGGAAAGUGCUGCCCUGCAGAAUGCCAACACUAAGUGCAAUGGGCUCCUUCCUGUCUGGGGUCCCCACGUCCCUGAAUCAGCUUUUGCCACUUGCUUGGCAAGGCAUAACACAUACCUCCAGGAAUGUACCGGCCAGCGGGAGCCCACGUACCAGCUCAACAUCCACGACAUCAAACUGCUCUUCCUACGCUUCGCCAUGGAGCAGUCGUUCAGUGCAGAUACUGGAGGGGGAGGCCGGGAGAGCAACAUUCACCUGAUCCCAUACAUCAUUCACACUGUGCUUUACGUCCUGAACACAACACGAGCAACGUCUCGAGAAGAGAAGAAUCUCCAAGGUUUCCUGGAACAGCCCAAAGAGAAGUGGGUGGAGAGUGCCUUUGACGUGGACGGGCCCCACUAUUUCACGGUGCUGGCCCUUCACGUCCUGCCCCCUGAGCAGUGGAGAGCGAUGCGCAUAGAGAUCCUGCGGAGGCUACUGGUGACCUCACACGCCCGGGCAGUGGCUCCAGGGGGAGCUACUAGGCUGACAGAUAAAGCAGUGAAGGAUUAUUCUGUUUAUCGCUCUUCCCUUCUCUUUUGGGCCCUCGUCGAUCUCAUUUACAACAUGUUUAAGAAGGUGCCUACCAGUAACACAGAGGGCGGCUGGUCCUGCUCUCUGGCUGAGUACAUCCGCCACAACGACAUGCCCAUCUACGAAGCCGCCGACAGAGCCCUGAAAACCUUCCAAGAGGAGUUCAUGCCAGUGGAGGCCUUCCCAGAGUUCUUCGACGCAGCUGGUCUUCUGUCAGAAGUCACUGACCCAGAGAACUUCCUGAAGGACCUGUUGAACUCGGUCCCCUGAACACCCACAGAAACCGCUCGAUGGAGAUUGAAGCUAGCUUGCCUUCCACCCUCUCUUCCCUCCUCGUGCAGAUUCCCCCACAGGAUGCUGCAUUCUUACCCCCUCCCUCUCAUUUUCUUGGAGUGGUGUGGGGGUUUAGGCUUCCUGGUUUACCUCGUGUGUGUGGUGCACUAGCGACGAAGUUGUCUGUAACCAAGCCUCGAAGGACCUGUAUAUACCUAGGAGCCGUGAGUUGUCCUGGCCAGCGUGAUACUUGAGUGUGCACAUCUUGAGAAAUAAACGAAUGACUUAAUACACA